GGAGCGCCAUGGCGGCGCUGCUGCCGGGACUCUUGCUGGUCGCCCUCCUUGGCGGCAGCGCCGCCACAGCGGCCCUGCUGGAUCUGCCUUGCCCAUCGAACUUCACUUGUACUCUUAAUGUAAGGCACUGCGAGUUGAAUGUGAAGUGGAAACCUAUAGAAACAGAGGAUAACUGCGUGCCAAAGUAUGAGAGUGAUAUAAGCACUGGUGUUGAGUGGAUCAAAUAUGAAUCUAAUGAGACACCUUUCCGGACAGUGCUGGUACCUCUGGGUAAAAAAGUAAUUUUCAGAGCCAGAAAUUCAUGUUCAUCCAAUGGAGAGUGGAUUAAUAUCUCUCUUCCACAAAAUGGUAUUGUAGGUACAGGAGCCACUAAUAUCAGCUGUAUUUGGCAUAAUCUUCAGAACAUGGUGUGCAUGUGGCAGCGUGGGAAGAAUGCAAAUCAGAACACAGCCUACAACUUGACUGCCUGGUACCGGGGAGAAGAAGUGGUGUGCACAAAUUACACUAAAGAAGACGAUACCUUUUGAUGCGCUUUUGACUUGAAAGCAGAUUGGCCUGGAACGCUCAGCAUCUCCAUCCAAGGCAGUUCCAGCAACAUUCAGCCUGUGUGCAUAGAUAAUGAAGAGCCAAAACUGUAUGAGUUUCUAAUAAAACCUGAUCCUCCAUCAAUUGUAAAUAUCACAAAGAGCAACAACGGAGUUAAGCUACAAUGGACUCCUUCAAUAUUUAAGAGAACAUGCUAUGCAGUAAACAUUAGUAAUAAUGAAUUUAGCACAACAGAAAUUUACAGGACCGUUACUGAAGCAUCAAUCCCUCUCCAGCCCAAAUUACGUCACACUUUCCGGGUGAAAGCCAUUUCCUUUUCCUUGUCUGGCAACUGUACAAAAGGACUGUGGAGUGAUUGGAGCAAAGCCGUAGAGUGGGGUGAGGAGAAUCUCUACGACAAUAGUAUGUUUUCAGUUCUUCUAUACAUUCUCAUUCCGUUAUGUGUAGAUCCUAUCAUUGUUCUCAUUUACCUGAAGAGAAAACUGUUGAUUCUUCCUACAAUCCCUGAGCCUGGAAAGUUUGUGAAACAAUUGUUUGAAGAGCAUAGUGAAGAUCUUCAAAAACCUCCCCCAGAAGACCCAAUCAAGGAUGAGCAAACCCAUUUGUUGGUAUUCGUACAGACUUCUGGUAAUGAGAACUGAGGAAGCCAGGUGGCUGCCUUUACAUCAAAUGACUUUUGAAUGUAAAUCAAACACUUUUGGCACAGGGACUGGUGCUCCUAGCUGCUAAGAAUAAUCUCUUGGCAAUGCCCAGUUGUGUACAGCAUUCCUUCCCAGGCAUCUCUUGGCUAAUCUGUUUAUUGUUAAGUUAAUUUUAUACCAAGUUGUUAU